GGGAGGCAGAGUUGAACAACGGCGAGGAAAGGGAGCACGGUCGGCGGCACCGAGGGUCACAGGGAUGUACAGUAAACACAGGCAGAAAAAUGCCCAAAUAUCACCGGCAACAUGUGGACGUGUACUGGUUUUUCUUUGUUUUCUGUUGCUGGACGGCACACUGGGAAGAGCCAGCGGACACACUGGAGAACAAGGGCUGAGGAGAGGCCGGACGGUGACGGCGCAGUGGCGUUUCCAAGGCCGAACCAGGAGAGACGCCGGCAUAUCGACACAGGAAGAACACCCAGUCAGAGGAGAAAUAGUCCUCUCAUCUGAUGACCUCCAACUGGUGCUACAAGUGGAACGUAAUCAGGAGCUUCUAGGUCCAGACUUCACAGAGACCUACUACACAGACCAUGGGCAGCCGGUGACUGUGACCAAUCACAAUUUCACUGACCACUGCUUCUAUCACGGCCAUGUCAGAGGACAUCCAGAGUCCUGGGUAGCUCUCAGCACAUGCUCAGGAGUCAGGGGCUUAAUAUCCUUGAAUUCUAGUGACACCUAUUACCUGGAACCCAUCAGUGGUGAGGACCCUCUGCACCAUUCCCUGCUGACCGCCGAAGAGCUGACCGUUCAAGGCGGCAGCUGCGGCCACGGCCAUCACACCACCCAGUCCAACCACAUCUCCGACCUGCUGGGCCCGUUACAUUCGAGGGUAAAAAGGAACACCUGGGGUACCACCAAGUACAUGGAGCUGUACAUAGUCGCUGACAACACACUGUUUAAACGGCAGAAUAAAGACUACGAGAAAACCAAGACGAGGAUAAUGGAAAUUGCCAAUUACGUGGAUAAGUUCUACAGGGCUUUAAACAUCCGCGUGCCUCUGAUUGGUCUGGAAGUGUGGACGGAUAGGGAUCAAUGUAUCGUCACAGAGGAGCCCAACGCCACCCUCUGGUCCUUCCUUCAGUGGAGGCAGAAGCUGAAAUCACGCAAGAAACACGACAACGCCCAGCUGCUAACCGGUGUGAUUUUCAAGGGGACGACUAUUGGGAUGGCGCCCCUGGAGGGCAUGUGCAGCCUGGAAAACUCCGGCGGCAUCAAUGUGGACCACUCAGAGCUGUCAAUCGGCGCCGCAGCCACCAUGGCUCACGAGAUCGGCCACAACUUCGGCAUGAGCCACGACCACGACGGCUGCUGCGUGGAGGCCACCGCCGAGCAAGGAGGUUGUGUGAUGGCGGCUGCCACAGGGCAUCCAUUUCCUCGGGUCUUCAGUCGCUGCAGCAAACGGGACUUGGACAGCUACUUCCAAAAGGGAGGGGGCAUGUGUCUCUACAACAUGCCCAACAUGAAGGACCUGGUGGGGGGCAAGAAGUGCGGCAAUGGCUUCGUGGAAGACGGAGAAGAGUGUGACUGUGGGGAACCUGAUGAAUGCACCAAUGACUGCUGCAAUGCCAAUAACUGCACCUUGAAGGAGGAGGCUCAGUGUGCCCAUGGAGUGUGCUGCGAGGGCUGCAAACUGAAACAGGCCGGCACCAUGUGUCGUGGACCAGCGGGAGCAUGUGACCUGCCAGAGUACUGCACCGGGGCUUCUCCUUACUGUCCUGCCAACGUCUACCUGCUGGACGGUUCCUCCUGUCAGUACGGACUGGCCUACUGCUACAAUGGCAUGUGCCUCACCCACGAACAGCAGUGCCUGCAGCUCUGGGGCUACGGAGCGCGGCCGGCCCAUGACGCCUGCUUUGAAGACGUGAAUGCUGCAGGAAAUGCAUUUGGAAACUGUGGAAAAGAUGAACAUGGCAACUACAUGAAGUGUGACAAGGGAGAUGCCAAAUGCGGGAAGAUCCAGUGCCACAGUGCUGCCAAGAAACCCAAAGGCACCAAUGCUGUGCCCAUCGACACCACCAUCAAGACCAACGGCAUUGAGGUGAAGUGCAGAGGAACCUACGUGUACAGCACCCAGGACGGCCAGGGCGACCUGCCUGACCCAGGUCUUGUCAUGACCGGCACCAAGUGUGGAGAGGGAAAGGUGUGCAGAGACCGCCGAUGCCAAAAUGCCUCUUUUACUGAGCUGGAGACCUGCAUCGAACGCUGUCACGGCAACGGGGUGUGUAACAGUAAUGGGAACUGCCACUGUAAUCGAGGCUGGGCGCCGCCUUUCUGUGAGAAACCAGGACUCGGCGGCAGCGUGGACAGUGGACCUGUACAAUAUGACAGUCAGGUCGGUCUCGUGGUGGGGCUGUUGUUUGCCUUCCUGGUGCUCCUGCCUGCAGUGUUGUUGCUUUUCUACUGCUACAGGAUCAAGACCUCCUAUUACCAUAAGUGGCUUUCCCAGAGAGAGAAGAACAAGAGCAACAAGACCGAGGCGGCGGCGGCGGAGAAAGGAAAGAACGGCCACCUGAAUCCUGCCUUUCACCUCAAGGUGGUCGGGCCCAUCAACAAAGCAAGCAGCCACAAGGGGCUACCUCACACCAGCAAAGAGGUUCUGCCUCUGAGACCGGGCCCAGCGCCCAAUGGCACCCAGCCAGUCAACGUUGUGCGACCCCUGAGACCAGCACCGUCGCCCCAGGGUGCUUCCCGGGACAUUAAGGUGGUCCGUCCACCGCUGCCAACUGGCAAACCCCCAGCAGCCCCGCACAAGUCCCCCCCCACGCCACAGAGACUCAGCCCGCCCAAGAAACCUCUGCCCCUCAACCCAACACGAUCUCCCCUGUUAGUGUCCGACCUGCAGCCCAAACCGUCGCCCUUCCCACCCCAGAGGCCCCUCCCCCUCAGCCCAGCCAGAGGAGCCUCCCCCUCAGUGAGUCCGGCGCGGACACCAGCCCUUAAACCCUCUCCGGGCCUGCUGGUCAUGAUGCCCCCAGCAGUGGGACCUAAACCUGUGGGCAAAGUCUCAGCCAUCCCCCCACUCAGAGUACUCAGACCGGUCCCAGGUGCCAAACCAAACACAGCCUCUUCUCCGCCACGAAAAUGACCUUCAUCCCCCCGCCUCCACCCUGGGAGGGGGCAGCGGCUGACAGCCCAUUUGCACUAAAGAGACUUUGGCUGGUAAACCACAGAGCUGUCGCGCAUAGUAGAGGAGGACAAACACAAAGUUAAAGCCGGAGACACGAAAGAACAAACAGGACUCAUACCAGUCCAAACUUCAAAAUGAAACCUUACUUUACCCUCCUAUCCCCCCUUCGCCAUUUUGACCCCGCCCCUUUUACCCUCCACCUCCAGCGCUCUGACAUCACCCACAACGACGCGGUUUUGCACGGAGGCCUUGCAGACUGAGACGAGUGUUACCGCUGGGGGAUUUGCCAAAUCUUUUUUUUUUUUUUUUUUUUUUUUUUUUUUUUUUAGGAUUAUUUUGUUUUUUAAUCUGUUAAUGCUGUCUUGUGUUUUUUUAAAAAAAAAAAAAGCAUUUCGUAAUGACUGUUGUUUUGUUUACACUUACGUUGCGUUUUAUGAUUUGUGUUACGUGCCAAAGAGGUCUUUUCAUACCUGGGGUGUGUCCCAAAAUGCUUGAAAAUCUUCUUGUCACAUUCAGUUUACCGCAAGUCAACUCCUCCAUGUUUUAUUUGACACGUUUUCUAAUUUAUUGUAUUGUAACAGGAAUGUGGAAAACACAAAUAAUGGAGGCCUAUCAGGAGGAAGAAGAGCCAAUCACACAGCAGCUUCUUUUCAACACUGUUUACACGACGGCGGAGGACUUGUGGAUGCUUGGGGCUUGCAGGACACACCCCGGUCGCUCAUGUUGAUUUGAAUGUCUUUUGCUGUGUGUUAUGAAUUUUGAAUUGUUACAUAAAUUUUUUUACUAAAACUA